AUGGGAUUGCACCUUCCCAAGCUUGCCGCACGAUCUGUUGAUGGAACCACCACAUCCCAGAGUCGAUCUACCGGAUCAAAUGAUAUUCUCACGUCCUCUGAUGAAGCGAGCAAAGCAUCGGCACUCUGGACUCAUCAUUCCAGCCCGGUUCCAUUCCGCUUGACCCCACAUUUGGCUGGAUUCGUUUGUCUUCCCGGUGCUCCGGCCAAUGUGGGUCCGUUCGCUAUCAGUCUAACCACAGUCGCUCAAGCCUUGGCUGCCGCCCAACGUCCUAGUCACGUAUUGACCAGUCUCUACCGCACAUUGCUCCGUGCAGAUUACAUCCUCUGGCAUCGAGGUCGACAGGCCGCUGUUCAUGCAUUCCAACUGUUGUUGGGUGCCGAGAAUGAGACCCCUGCCCAGCUGGAAAGCGAUUCCAGUGACUCGGAUUCGGACACUGAGACAGGUGGAUGCAAACGCAAGACCAAACUGUUCAAUGAGCUUGGUGUCAAGGCGGUUGACUCAGUCCGAAGCGACAAAACGGGCUCCGUCGGGCCUGCACAGUCCACAUCCCAGCAACAUCAGCAGCAGCAACAACAACAACAGCAGACGAACGUUGUCCAGCACCAAAAAUCCAAGGAUUGUGUCUUGUUGCCAGAUUUAACCAACGAACAGCUCAUCCAGCUAAUCACCUUGACGCUAGAUGCGAUGAACGCGAAUCUGAAAAGCGUUUCUGACUACUCCGGUGCGGAACCAGGGACUUGGAGCUCCAUUGCAGCAGCCACAAACCCGUCUAACUUGAUUCAAAUGGAUCCAGCUCAUUUGCCCUGGGUAUGA